AUGCCAAAGACUCAGAAAGGACCCUCAAGGGCGACUACAGCUUGCGCAGCGUGUCGGUCAAAGAAACAGAAGAUAUUAGAGCAUCGCCUCCAAAUUACCGAGAGCGCGCUUUUCAAACUGCUGUCUGAUGUUUCAGAUAGCCAGCUCAAGACAGUUUUCCCCGACGAUGUUAGCCCCGGAAGAAAUGCUACAACAUCAUACACACCUUUGGCGAGAAUACAGAAGAAAGGCAUCGAUCACUGGGCUAAAUAUCCCCUGGACACAGCAAUGAACAUUCGGAAAUGGCAACAGGCAUGUACAGGCUUGAAAAGCGAUGCUACCGAGAAUCGAAGUCCUAGUGAAGGUGCUCCUUCUUCUAGUGAUACAAAACACUAUGGGGCCACAAGGAGAGAACUCGAUCACACAGAGCACAGAAUGACUCAUAGCCCCAGAACUAUCUCUGGCAGACAACACCGACAAUCUUCGGUCCCGUCUGGGCUCAGGGGCCAUCGGGAGGAAUACCCUCGAUCUUCUAGCAUCCCUCACUGGGGACUACACCAAAGUGAAGAACCAUUCGAAGACAGUGAGCCUGACCGUGGCGAGGACACACCCCCGGUUAUGAAUAACAGCUCUUGGGACGGCGCACCUCCAGCGAAUUUUCAACAGCAAUUCCUUUGGUGA